CCCUCCCUGUGCUGCAUGGAAGGACUUUGGCACCGCGAGUGGCUCUUUCAUCGGGCUCCCGCUACGAGCCGCCGAAGGGAGAGUAAAAUGUUCCCUCUUAUCUGCGGGGAGAGGCCGGCUCGGUGGGCAGGGUCUGGGCAGCGUUUAUAAGCCGCCGGCCGCUGCGGGCGGCUCCCUGGCCAGGCGCUCGGGGCCGACGCGGGUGCCAGGAUGCCCCCAGCUCUGCGGCUGCUGCUGCUCUGGCUCGGCGGGGCGGCUGCCUUGGAAGCCGGGCUCCUGCCCCCGGACACCGCCGCCAGCGAGCCCGGGGCUGCCCUCUUCGCGCAGGGCUACAACAGCUCCGCCGAGGGGGUCCUGUUCCGGAGCGUGUCCGCCAGCUGGGAUUACAACACCAACCUCACCAAGCCCAACGCCGAGCGCCAGAUCUUGGCCUCCCUGGAGGAGCAGAACUUCACAGAGGCCUGGGGGAAGAAAGCGAAGGAACUCUAUGGCUCCAUCUGGAAGAAUUUCACAGACACUCAGCUGAAGAGUAUCAUUGGCUCCAUCCAGACCCUGGGGCCUUCCAACCUGCCCCUGGACAAGCGUCAGCAGUACAACACCCUCCUGAGCGAGAUGGACAAUAUCUAUUCCACGGCCAAGGUGUGUCCUCCAAACCAGACCUCCAGCUGCUGGGCUCUGGAGCCAGAGAUAACCGACAUCAUGGCCAACUCCCGCAGCUACAAGAAGUUGCUCUACGCCUGGGAGGGCUGGCACAGCUCAGCUGGAAACCCCCUGAGGCCCAAGUACGAGGAGUUUGUGACGCUGAGCAACGAAGCCUACAGGAUGGACGGUUUCAAGGAUACCGGCGCUUACUGGCGCUCCUGGUACGACUCGCCCACGUUUGAGGACGAUCUGGAGGAACUCUACCACCAGCUGGAGCCCCUCUACCUGAACCUCCACGCCUUUGUCAGGAGGAAGCUGUACGAACGCUACGGCCCCAAGUACAUCAACCUCCAGGGCCCCAUCCCUGCUCAUUUACUGGGCAACAUGUGGGCCCAGCAGUGGAACAACAUCUACGAUAUGAUGGUCCCCUUCCCGGGCAAACCCAACCUGGACGUCACCAGCACCAUGGUGCAGCAAAACUGGAACGCGACGCACAUGUUCCGGGUCUCCGAGGAGUUCUUCACCUCGCUGGGGCUGUUGGGGAUGCCGCCGGAGUUCUGGGAGAAGUCCAUGCUGGAGAAGCCGGCGGACGGUCGGGAGGUGGUGUGUCACGCCUCCGCCUGGGACUUCUACAACCGCAAGGACUUCAGGAUCAAGCAGUGCACUACGGUCACCAUGGAGCAGCUCUUCACGGUGCACCACGAGAUGGGCCACGUCGAGUACUACCUGCAGUACAAGGACCAGCCAGUCACCUUCCGCAGCGGGGCCAACCCCGGCUUCCACGAGGCCAUCGGCGACGUCAUGAGCCUGUCGGUCUCCACCCCCGGCCAUCUCAAGAAGAUCGGGCUCCUCAGCCAAGUCACCCAGGACACAGCCACGGGCACUUGCCCGCCCUGCUGCCCUGGGAACCGCUCGCUGAGAGGCAGGAAGGAGAAGGCUGCACCAGGCAGGUCCAGGCGUUUCCGGGAAGCGAGCGUCUUUGUGAGGAGGAGGAGGAGCGCGCGAGCUAGUGGGAUGACGGGAAGGCGCAGCAAAGGUCGCCGGCAAUUCGCUUCUUCUGAUGAGAGCGGAGGAUUUGUGAUCCUAUUGCUGAUCAGCCACCCUGCGCGCGCUGGAACUAAAUAUCAGGGCAUCUGUCCUCCCAUUUCAAGGAACGAAAGCAACUUCGACCCUGGUGCAAAGUAUCACAUCCCCGGCAACACCCCCUACAUCAGGUACUUUGUGAGUUUUAUCCUGCAGUUCCAGUUUCACAAGGCCCUGUGCCAAGCUGCCAAUCACACUGGCCCCCUGCACACCUGUGACAUCUACAUGUCCAAAGAGGCGGGAGCGAAACUCAGUGAGGUGUUGAAAGCUGGCUCUUCCAAGCCGUGGCAAGAGAUCCUCUUCAAUCUGACUGGUGUGGAGAAGAUGGACGCUGGGGCCCUACUGGAGUACUUCAGCCCUGUGACAACGUGGCUUCAGAAACAGAACAACGAAAGGAAUGAAACACUGGGCUGGCCGGACUUCGAGUGGCGCCCGCCUGUCCCUGAGGGCUACCCUGACGGCAUCGAUAAAAUAGCGGAUGAAGCACAAGCCAAAGAUUUCUUGGCGGACUACAACAGCACGGCUGAAGUGGUGUGGAACGCCUACAGCGAGGCGUCCUGGACGUACAACACCAACAUCACGGACCACAACAAGCAGAUCAUGCUGGAGAAGAACCUGGAGAUGUCAGCCCACACCCUGAAGCACGGCAUGCAGGCCCGGCAGUUCGACUACUCUGACUUCCAGGACCAGAGCGUCAGGCGCAUCCUGAAGAAACUGAGCGACAUCGAGAGAGCCGCCCUGCCGGAACUGGAGCUGAAGGAGUACAACAACAUCCUCUCGGAUAUGGAGACCACAUACAGCGUAGCCAAGGUCUGCAAGGGACAGGGCAAGUGCUAUCCAUUGGAUCCUGACCUCACCGACAUCCUAGCCAAGUCACGGGAUUACGACGAGCUCCUCUUCUCCUGGAAGGGCUGGCGGGACGCCUCCGGGAAGGAAAUCAAAAGCAAAUACAAGAGAUAUGUGGAGCUGAGCAACAAGGCAGCCAGGCUCAAUGGUCACCCGGACAACGGGGCCUUCUGGAGAUCCCUCUACGAAACGCCCACCUUCGAAGCGGACCUGGAGCAGCUCUACCAGCAGCUGCAGCCCCUGUACCUCAACCUGCAUGCCUACGUGCGCCGCGCCCUCUACAACAAAUAUGGGCAGGAGCGCAUCAACCUGAAGGGCCCCAUCCCAGCUCACCUGCUCGGGAAUAUGUGGGCCCAGUCGUGGUCCAACAUUUUUGACCUGGUGACGCCCUACCCUAGUGCCACUAAAGUGGAUGCCACCCCAGCCAUGCAAAAACAGGGCUGGACCCCGGAGAAGAUGUUUCAAGAGUCGGACAAGUUCUUUACCUCCCUGGGCCUGAUUGCCAUGCCGCCGGAGUUCUGGGCCAAGUCCAUGAUUGAGAAGCCAGCCGGCAGGGAGGUGGUGUGCCACGCCUCUGCCUGGGACUUCUACAACCGCAAGGACUUCAGGAUUAAGCAGUGCACGGUGGUGAACAUGGACGACCUGAUCACCGUCCACCACGAGAUGGGGCACGUCCAGUACUUCCUGCAGUACAAGGACCAGCCCAUCUCCUUCCGCGACGGGGCCAACCCCGGCUUCCACGAGGCCAUCGGCGACGUCAUGGCCCUGUCGGUCUCCACACCCAAGCACCUGCACGGCAUCGGUCUGCUGGAUCGAGUGGAGGAUAACAACGAGAGUGACAUUAACUACCUGAUGAGCAUUGCCCUGGAUAAAAUCGCCUUCCUGCCCUUCGGGUACCUGAUGGACCAGUGGCGCUGGAAGGUGUUUGACGGGCGCAUUCGGGAGGACGAAUAUAACCAGCAGUGGUGGAACCUCAGGUUGAAGUACCAGGGGCUGUGCCCACCUGUGCCCAGGUCGGAGGAUGACUUUGAUCCUGGUGCGAAGUUUCACAUCCCGGCCAACGUUCCCUAUGUCAGGUACUUUGUCAGUUUUGUGAUCCAGUUCCAGUUCCACCAAGCCCUCUGCAAAGCCGCCGGUGACACAGGGCCCCUGCACAAAUGUGACAUCUACCAGUCCAAGGAAGCCGGAACCCUGCUGGCGAACGCCAUGAAGCUGGGCUUCAGCAAGCCCUGGCCGGAGGCCAUGCAGCUCAUCACGGGGCAGCCCAACAUGUCGGCCGACGCCCUGAUGACCUACUUCAAGCCGCUGACGGACUGGCUGAUCCAGGAGAACACCAGGACCAGGGAGACCCUGGGCUGGCCUGAGUACAACUGGACGCCGUAUGCGGGUACCUCCAACUCCAGCGGAGGGGGUCAAGCGCAGUCUAGUGCCAGUGCCAAAGUCAAUUUCCUGGGGAUGUCGCUGGAUAGCAACCAAGCCGCCGCCGGCCAGUGGAUCCUGCUUGUCCUCGGACUCCUCCUCUUCAUUGCCACCAUCGUCCUGGGCGUCAAAUUCCGCUCCUCGAGGAGAAGGGCCCACAAAUCCGGCUCGCAAAUGGAACUGAAGUAAUGCCGAACCUCACUCCUUUCCUUUGCCAUGUAUGCCCACCUGGGCCUAAUGUGUGUGUGUGUGUGCGUGCAAGGUG